AUUUCUAUACCAAAAGCGGUAACCCCGAGCUACACUCGGGCUUACCAUGCAGCGCUGUAUAGGGAGUCCCUGCAGCACUUACCUUGUCCUGCGCUCCCGCGGUGUGUCCCCUGCAGCGUCCCCGGCCAUCUCCUCCGGCUGAUGCCUGCAUCUGGCUUCUGUGUUCCGGUCCCUGUGACGUCGGGACGUAUGGGCGCCGCCAGCGGCGGGAAAUUUGAAAAAUUUAAAAAAAAAUAAGUCAUUUUUUUUUUUCAAAACGAUUUUUCAUAUGCUCUGUCCUGUCCCCUGUCUGCAUUUUGUCUGUUCUUUCUG